CUUCACUCACAAUUCACCUGCCAAGACUUGCACGACCCUUGCAAGACAAAUACAUCAUUAACAUUGACUAGCAAAAGGCAACAAGAUGGUCUUUGUCAAUGCCAUGCAGUACACCAAAGUCGCAGACGACGAACACCUCGAAGACACAUUCGACGAUACGAAGGCAGAGUACGCUGGCAUAGAAACCGAUGAAGAGGCGCAUUUAGGUCAUGGCACGACAACAACCACAACAGCACAAAAGCCAUCACGGAGACGGUUAUGGAUAGGCGUGGGAGCGACUAUUGCCAUCCUCCUGGCAGUCCUAGUCGUGAUGCUAUUCAUCUUGCGGCCGGAGAUGAGUAUGCUACACAAGACAGCGAGUCAGGCGUCAACAAAUACGACAUCGGAGGCUAGUCAUGCAGCGGAAUCAAAGGUUUCAACGGCCUCAAGCACAGAUAUAGAGACUGAAGAUCUACAAGACGUGAAUGGUCAACGGACAGGUACGAGUACCCCGUCUGAUGCAACAUUGAGUAAUGUUCCUGCGGAUAACUUGGUCGGCGCUGUUCCUAUAUCCUCGCGUCUUGGCCAGCGCAGCCUGCCUCUUGACCUGCUGGACUGAGGCCCUCUGUACCUUAUCUCUCUGUAGAAUUUGACCCGCGAUUUUGAUGUUUCCUGCCAGUGACGACAUUGGACAAACUUAAGACCAAAGCGACAUACAGUACAGUAGACGAGCAGGAUGGCGAUUCCAGUGCUAGGCAGGC